UGAGAGGAGCAAAGGGAAUGAGUGGCAGGUGCUGCAACCUGAGGGUCCCAUGCUGGUGGCAGAAGGUGAGACACUGCUACUGAGGUGUACAGUGGUCGGCUCCUGCAUUGAUGCCAUGAUAAAAUGGGUCAAGGAGCAGGAAGGAACCUACCACUGUGUGAGGUUUGAUGGCUUGAGUGAGCCCUCAGAAAUGCAGCUGGAUGAAGGCACCUCAGUGCUUGUGAAGGGAGCUGGGAACCUAGAGCCAAACCUCCGGAUCAUCCAGCCCCAGGAGCUGGUGUUGGCAACCCCUGGAGACACUGUCUUCCUGAACUGCACAGUGCUUGGAGAUGGUCCUUCCGGGCCCAUCAGGUGGUUCCGGGGGUCUGGUCUGAGCCGUGAAGCCAUUUACAACUUUGAAGGCAUCUCCCAACCCAAUGUGACUGCGGUCCAGGCCUCCAGCAGCGAUUUCAGCAUUCUUUUGCAAGGUGUCUCUACGGAGUAUGUAGGCACCUACUACUGUGUAAAGUUUCAGAGGAAACUUAACAGGCAAUACCUGUCUGGACAGGGAACCAGGCUGAGGGUGAAAGCAAAGCCCACUUCUUCCCAAGAGGCAGAAGUCAUCAAUCAACAUGUAGCCAGGAGAUCUCUGUCAGGCCUCCUGUCUGUGCUCACAGCUGUGGUCCUGGGAAUGAAGGCAGUGACCUUGGCUGCACUCCUGCUGGCCCUGGCUGCCUGCUGGAGACACGGUGGGCAAGAAAAUGUCAAAACCCCAGGCCGAGCAAAGCUGUGCUCAUCUUAGCCUGGGGCAUGGGGCCUGGGGCAUGGAUGAGGGGUCAGUUCUAGAGUGGUGCUCUGAGUCGGACUGGAGCCAGGACUCCCCCACCAUUUCUCUGCCUCCAAUCCCAGCCUCCAGAUGUCCCCCAGGACUCACGAGAAACUCCAGCAUCCCUACACCUGGUUUCAGUUCACCUGGUGAAAUAGCCCACUUGCCACUGGGCUCCCCUCGGAUGUGCUUUCCUCGCUCUUCUCAGCCUGUCCAGGCCCUCCUUGUCCUUCAAGGCCUUGCCCAGGUCUCCCUUCAAGGCUCUUGCUCCUGCUGCAGUCCCUGUGAAGUGCUCUCCCCCUUCCUUCCCCGCUCCACAUUUUCAUGACCUUCAACUCUAACUCAGAGACUUCCCAGAAGAUACCCCUGAGCAUUUCUCACCCAGCCACACUGCCUCCAUUUGUAUCCUUCUCUCCACUUUCCUGCCUUUUUUCUUCCUCACUGUGGCUAGCUUGGGUGGCUGCAAUAGUUGGAAUAUAGGGUUGGUAAGUUGACGAAACUCAUAAAUAACAGUGGUUUAAACCAGAACAAAGUUGGUUUCUCUAGUAAUAUCUGAGCAUAAGCAGACCAGGCAAAACAGCCGCUUCCUGGUAUUGAGACCAGGGAUUCCUUGAUCAUGUUGCUACCAGGUCCACCUCCCAGGCUGCAAGACCAGGGAAAAGGCAAUGAAGGGGAGCAUGGCACUCCCCUUCAAGGGCACAGCUAGGAAUUUGCCCACAUCAUCUCUAAUUGGCUGGAAUGUGUCACAUGGUCACACCUAGCUAUAAGGAAGGCUGAGAACUACAGUCUUCAUUCUGGCAGCAAUAUCCGCAGCUGAAAAAUUUCACUAGAGAAAUAGAGGGUAAAUAUCAGUAGAUACUGUAACCCAAGCAUGUCAAAACCAGAGGCUAA